ACCUACCUAAACUCAUUCCGGAACGAAACGUAGACACAACCUGAGAAAUUCAGAUUACUUUCAUUAGUUUUUUUUACAUUCUAAAUAUACUUUUGGGCUAUAUAUUAUUCGAUUGUGCCGUCACCAUGCAAGAGUCGGGUCAUGGCCAGGAGCACUUCCAGUUCAUUCAGCGAACGGAUCGUAAGAGUUUGCAUUGCCAAAUUGGUUUGUUGGUCAACAAGGCCAAGGAAGUUCGCGCCCAGGAGCUGAACGAGCGCAGUCUUCGCUUGAAGAAUAUUCUCGAGGCGGAGGACAAGCUCUACGAGGAGGAGUUCUCGAAUACGGUGAAGAAUCGCAUCGAUCAGGACAUCAAGGACCGCAAGGAGCAUCUGCAUGCCAUCAAGGAGGAGCACUUCAAGGUGCAGAACAAGUUCCUCGAGGACAAACGCGUUCAACAGGUGAUGCUCAACUGCUACGAGAUACGCGAGGCGCUGCGUCACCAGGACCUGCUCGAGACGAAAAUCAUCCAGGAGGAGCAGAUCCUCGAGAAUCAACGCAGGAAGCGGCGCGAGUGCGAGCAGGAGAAAUUCUGGCUGGAGCUGAACCGCAGACGCUGGGAGGACUACGAUUGCGCCCAGAAGUUCGAGGACGAGCGACGCGAGAAGAUUAAGGGGCAGGUGAAGCACGUCCUGGCCAUCCAAAUGCUCGACAAUGCCGAGAAGCUUGCGCGUGAGGAUGAGGAGAAGCGCGAAGAGGCACGCGCCCUCAACGAAAUACUCGAGGAGAUACGUCUCGAGGAAUUCGACAAGGCCCACCAGCCUGCUCCCCCCAAGAAUCUGGCCUACCGGGACGAGCUUCUGAAGGAGAUCCAUCGCCGCAAGUGCGCCAAGUUGGCCAUUUGGGAGGCCGACAAAGCCGAGCAUGCCGCCUUCUGUCGCGAAACGGAGCGCCUGGAGGCGGAGGCCAGGGAGAAGAUUGCCCAAUCCAAGCUGGACUUCAAUCGUGCCACCCACGAGUAUCUGGCCUAUGUGCGACGCAUGCACGCCCUCGAGUUGGGCAUCGAGAAGAUGUUGGACGAUCGCACGGCCGAUCUGUACAAGGUGGACAUCUGCACCAAGAACAACAUUGCGGAGAUGACGCGUCUGAAGCGGGAGGAGGCAGCCCGCUGCCAUGAGAUUCUCAAGCUGCAGAUUUGCGAAGAGGCCGAGCGACGUCUACGCCUGGAGGCCGAAGUGCGGGAGAACAAAAUGCCCGAGAAUCGUUUCGUCCAUGCGGAGGUCACCCACGCAAUGAAAUACUGCCAGCAGCUGCGGCAUCGUGCCGCUCUGGAUGCCCAGGUCACCGAAAUGAAACGCCUCCAGGCGGAGGAGAACGCUUACUUCGAGAGCCAGCUGCGGGAGGCCGUCGAUGAUCCGAUCGCGUGCAUGAAACUGGCCAAAGAGUACCUGGAGAAUGGCACCGACUAUCUGCGCGCCCAUCCCAACUGGCGGAUCAUGGCCUGUGAUCCCAACAAAUAUGUGCCACGGGCACCCCUCACCGAGCAGCAGUACAAGGCUCGCCUCGACAAUGCCAACCUGGACAAGUGUCGCAGACAUUGCAGCUUUAUGCCUCUGAAGGGUUGCGAUUUGCCGCCCGAGCAGCCCCGCCAGAAGCCCGAAACGGCAGCCGCCGAACCGCCAAAGAAGCCACAGCGCCCGGGCUUCAGAAAUUGUCACUGCAAGUUCUAUUAAUUUCGUACUUUCUUCUCUUUAAAUUGUGUUGAAAGUUAGUUGGAUUUCUAUUCUUCUAUUUUUCAUGAUGCACACGAUACACAUCUAUAAAUGAUUGUUUCUGCCUGUAAGCCCCAUGAAAUACCGAGGUACAGGUGGUAAUAAUUGUAUAUAAAUGUAUAUCGCAUUGAUAUCUAUGCUUAAUAAAUUCAGUUAAAACCUUC